AUGACGCCCGCAAAACGUGAAACAGCCCGACACCACAAGAACAAAGCGGCAGCCAUAAAGGCCCUCAACCGCGCCAAACGCAAUGCGCAAAUCGCUGCCCGCGACCAGCGCGAUUUUGAGCUUGCGCUUGAGGCGGCGAGGGUCAGUGUGGAGCUUUGCCGAUUCUUUGAGAGUGCCGCGGGUAGCGAAAGUGGAGGCGAAAGUGAAGUCGAGGAGGAGCAGGAGGAUUGGGAGGAUGUAAGGGAAGAUGUGGAUCUCGAGGUUGAUAUGGUGGAUAUGGCGGAUGCGGUGGAUACGGAGGAGGGAUAG